CGAAUUUUGAGUACCGCAAGUGAAAGGGAGCGACUGGAAGAGUCUGUCAGUAAAGUUCAGUUGCCGCUGAAAAGCCCGGCUCCAGCCCGCAAUGACCGGCGGAGAUGUCUGACAGCCUGAAGAAAAGAUUGGAGUUUCCGAACGCCCUGGUGCAGGCGCAGGCGGUGAGAAGCCUGGUGGCCAGCGUGCUGAAAGAGAGACAGCACAAUGAGAAGAUUGCCCAGUCCUCCAAUCAGAACCCGGCGCUGGAGGCCCUGUGGGAGCAGUGCAGCAGUGAUGUGGCAGUGGUGAGGUCGGCUUGCUGCGAUGCCCUGGUGCUGCUGGUGGAGCAGGGCCAUGCCGACCUGCAGUAUGUGAUCAACAGCAUCCUGAACCUCGUUCCCUCCGCCAGGAACGUGCAGGGGCUGAUAAAGGUGCUGGGGAAACUGUUGCAGAUCCACGUGAGCCAGGAGCACAAAGACAGAGGGGCGGCCUUCACCUGUCCCUACUCUAUCAGGAACCCCCCGCACCCAUAUAUCACAGUGCUGGAGAACCGACCGGACUGCUGGCCCGCUCUGCUCGGGGAGAUCGAUGACCUCAUCAAGCAGGCGGUGGACAGGGAUGAGCCGGCCUACAUUUCGGUGCUGGCUCCGUUCCUGCGGUACCUGUACUGCGAGCCCCAGCGUCUGCCGGACCACGCCCUCCUGAGGCAGAGCCUGCUGAGGGUGCUUCUGCCCCCGCCGGGGGGGCGGGGCGAGGGGGCGGGCACGGGCAUGGGCCAGGCCCGGCUCAGCCUGCUGCGCUGUCUCUGUGAGCUGGUCCCACACAUGCAGGUGGACAGUGUGACGGCGGUGCUGGAGCUGGGGCAGUUUGUGGAGGCCCUGCUGCUGGGCGGGGGGUGCGGGGCGGGGGAGCAGGCGCAGCUGAUCCUGCAGCUACUCUGCGCCUGUCAGAUCAGCCUGGAGAUCAGCGGAGAGUGCGGCCCGCUCCUCCACCUCCUCCAGCGGCUCCUUCCCUCCUCCUCCGCUGGCUCCGCCUCCCAGGAGUUUCCCUUGGAGCAGGUGAUUGUGGGAAUUAGCCUGCUGCUGCUGAAGGCUCCCUCGUCUCAGACCACGGCUCUCCUCACGCUGGCCUCGCAGGUGGUCCCCCCCGACGUGGAGGCGCCCCCGCUGGUGGCCCCUGUCCUGGUGCUGCCCCUGCUGCAGAUCCUGACCUGCUCCACGCUGAUGGAGGCCCUGACGGACCCCCAGAACCGGGCCCAGAACCAGCGCCUGGCCCAAUCCCUCCUGCAGAUCGUGCAGCAGCCGGCCUGUCCCACUCACGAGGAUGGCGUCCGUCUGGCGCUGCCCCUCAGCGCCUGGUACAGCGAGCUGCUGGUGGCGACCCGCGUCCUGCGGAGGGUGAGUCGCGACCCCUCGGCAGCCUGCGAGUGGCUGCACGGCGUGCGGUCCACCCUGCCCCUCGGCGAUCGCGUCCCCGACCACCUGCCUCUCAUCCUGGCCCACCUCAUCGUCACCGACCAGGGGGACGCCUGCCGGCUGGCCCUCGGCACUGCUGCGCUCGUGGCCGAGGUGGAUCCCGCGCAGGUCCCCAGCCUUCUUCCUGUUCUGAUGUUCAAGCUGGGGAGGGUUUCUGACCCGGCCCUGUCCCACGCUGUUCUCUACACCCUGCCAAAUUUGGGGACCCACACGUUCUGCGUUCCCCAGGUACUGCAAGCGCUACAGAUGCUGGGCAGCAGUCCCAAACUGAGGGCGGUGGCCCUGCGCCUCAUGACGGCCCUCUGGGAGAAACAGGACCGGGUGUACCCGGAGCUGCAGAAGCUGAUGGCCCAGCUGGAGAAGUCCUCCGUGGUGGUGGGGAAGGAGGACCAGUGGGAGCAGAUUUUGGCCCGCGCUGCCUGCAUCAGGGACAUCUGCACAGAGAGGCCCUACCAGCAUGGGGGAGACAUGCUGGCUGCCAUCACCGACACCCUGACCCAGUGCACCAAGCAGGACCAGGCCACGCCCUGCGCCCUGGUGCUGCGGGGCCUACAGGAGCUGUGCCGGGCCGAGGUGGUUGACAUUCGCUCCACGUGGGCUGCCCUGUCCCCCAGGCUGAGCUGUGACACCAGGCCCCUGGUCAUCCGGGGCGUGGCCGAGCUCCUGGCCCUGGUGCCUCGGCUGUCUGUGAAGACCGAGGAGUACGAGAAAUUCAAAGAGCAGGUUGUCAGCAUUCUUUGGGAUUACGCCCUCAGUAAGGACCCCGAGGUGGCGCGCUGCGGGUACAAGGCCCUUUCGGAAUUCCCGGAGGCUCUCCACACCGUCCUGCACCUUCCCGAACAGGCCAGGCCACCAGCGAAAUGCCCCGACUCAGAAGAGGAAUCCAAAGAGGAAGAGGAGGAGGAGGAAGAUGUGAGUGUUCCAGGCUCCUCCUACGUGAAGCUUGUGGGCUUCACGCCCCCUGCGGUCCUGCCAGCUCUGGAGGGCUUCCUGACAUCGCUGGUGAGGCAGGAGAUGGCCGUCAUGCCCCGCGGAGUGUACCACUCUGCCCUGAGAGGGGGGAGCCUGCGCUCGGACCAGGGCAAGACGGUGGCCGGGAUCCCGGGCUUCAUGCUGAAGACCUACGAGAAGAACAAACAGCCUGGUCUCAAGGCUGGUCUGGCUGCCGGCCUGCUGCUCUGCUACGACCUGCCCGUCCAGACGGACCGGGACGGACGGCCAAUCAACCGCUUCCUGGUCAGCAGGGGACGCAGCUUCCAGCAGAUGCUGGCGGCCCUCAUCCACGAGGUGAACAUCCAGCCCUCCGAGUGGCAUCGCUCCCUCCUCCUGCCGCGGGCGUGGCUGGGCUUCAUGAGCCGGGCGUACCUGGCUGUGCUGCAGGGGCGGAAGGCGGAGCUGGAGAUGCAGCAGAAGCAGGGGAAGGAGAGCCUGGAGGAGCUGCAGUACAAACAGCACAGCGCCUGGCUCUGGGUCAGGGACCAGCUGACUGAUGUUGUCAAGUCUGCAGCCAAGGACAGCCCUGUCGUGCAGGGGAACUCCAUUCUAGCCCUGAGCGGGCUGGCAGCGGUGCUGGCCAAGUAUGAGAGCAACCUCCCAGCAGAUGUAGAGGGAGCCCCUGAGAUCGGGCCUGAGAUCCUGGCCUCGAAGCACUGGCUCUCCAUGGUGCUGGAUACUCUGCUGAGUGUGGUGAGCAGCAGCUACCGACCCAGAGGACAGGUCUUCCCCUGGUUUCAGCACAGGUCGUACUCCGGGGAGAACACGGCCAGUGCCAUCGCCCGCUCCUGCGCCGCCCUCGCCCUGUCCCUCGUGGUGCCCGUGCUCCUCACCUCCCACAAGGACAGCGUCGGCGAGAUCCUCUCCACCCUGGUGGCAGGGCUGCCCGGGGCGGCGGCCGCCGACGAGUCCCAGGCUGUGCAGUUCCACACAGGCCUCGCCCUGGGCAUGGUGCUGUCCGCCCUGCAGGAGGAGCGAGUCAGUGAUAUCUCUGGACUGAAGAUGACUGAGCUGCUAAUGAGCUCCCAGAAUGCACUGGAGGCCUGCUGCUUUGACACCAGUCUGGAGUACAACACCGGCUGCAUUCUGGGAGUGGGCCUGGUGCUGUCGGCCCAGAGUCAGAGCGGGCAGGCGGAGCGGCGGGCCCAGGUGGCGCUUAUGGUGGACAGGCUGCUGAGCGCCCUCGGGGACAGCGCCGGCCAGGGGCGCAUGCUGCAGGAGGUGCUGGCUUACUCAGUGGCCUGCGCCGGGGUGUCGGCCUUCAGCACGGGCGUCAUCGGCGGCUCCAAGGCGGAGGAGAUCAUGGCCGUGCUGCGGGCGAUGACAGAGGAGAGCCAGCAGACCCCAGGCUUUGCCCUGGCUCUGGGCCUCACUGUUCAUGGCCUGUCCACUUGCGGCCAUGGCAAAGCGGAGGACCUCAACACCCGCCUGCUGGCUGCCUGGAUCAAAAUCCUGCUGGCUGAGGGGGCUCCCACCAUGCAGCGUCUGGCUGCAGUGAGCGGGCUGGUGUCUCUGGUCGGCUCUGAGAGCUCCCUCAUUCAGCUGAAGAGUGAAUCAGAGCAGUCCUCUCAGCAGCAGGCCCGGCUCAACGAGGUCAUCAGAGCCGUAACUCAGAUCAUCACUUUCUCAGGUGUGAUCGGGCUGCAGUCUAACGCCUCCUGUCUGGCGGGCCAUCUGCACCUGGCCCACCUGUCCUCAGUCCACAGCAGGACCACAGUUCCCCCAGACUUCGGUUAUCUGCCAGAGAGGAGUGUGAUCAGAGCUGUGGUGGACUUCCUGACAGAGGCAGGAAAGAGAGGUCCCGAGUUCACCCACCCCAGACUGGUGAAGGUGGCACUAGAACCCCUUUCGGCUGUUGGCACAAGCUUCCAGUAUCCCCCCAUCAACUGGAGUGCCGUCCUCUCUCCCUUAAUGAGGCUGAACUUUGGUGAAGAGAUCCAGCAUCUCUGCAUAGAGCUGGUGAUGUCACAGUCCCAGUCCUCCCAGAAUGCAUCUCUCUUCCUGGGCAUGUGGCUGAGCCCUCCUCUGGUCCAUAGUCUGAGUCUGCGGACGAGGGGCCGCCUGCACCUCUCCCUCUCCCUGUGGAUGAAGCACGUCUCCGAGGACAAGCUGCAGACGUUCGUGGAGGUGCUGGGAGUGCAGCAGUUUAACUGUGAGAACAGGCCCCAGCGCCUCAGCCUCUGCCAGGACAUCCUGGAGGGCCUCUUCCACGCCAUGGCGCUCCCCAACCCCUCUCAAAACUGCUGGUCCGUCCUCUGCUCCGCCACCGAGAAGAUCUUUGCCCUCCUGCCGGACCACAUCCAGGACAGUGAAGUCGACCUUUAUGUUGGGAUUGCCAAGUGUCUGUCAGAAAUGACAGACACAGAGAUUGACAGAAUCACUCAGGUCACUGAGGCUAACUUGGAGAAGACAGGCUUCAUCAUGGCCUACCUGAGCUCCCAGGGCAGGAUCCCUCUCCUGGGCCUGAAUGAUGUCAUCGCCACGGCUCUGCGAGCGAGUCAAAAGGAGAGGGAGAGGAUUGGCUGGCUGCUACUGCAGAGUUUCUACCAGUGCCGGCUGGCCGCCAACCCGAACACAGGUGUUAUGAAAAGGAUGGAAUGGGUCCUGGAAUUAAUGGGCCAUGUCAGGAACGUGGCCUACGGAACAACUCCGGUGAAAAGUGGAGACACCAGACAGGCCACAGACUUCCUGAUGCAAGUGUUCAGUGCGGCUGUGCUGUCCUGGGCUGAUCACUCCCUGCCUCUGCUCCUGGGAGUCUGGGCCCGCUGGUUUCCAUGGAAGCAGGAUUCUGAGCUGCCCAAUGUGCAGCACGGCCUUUACGGCUCAGCCAAUGAGGAGUCAGUUUCGCAAUGCCUGCUGGGUCUUCCGUGCAGCAUCCAGCUCCUAUUGGCCAAAGAGCCCUGGAAGGGGCAAGCACAGAAGUUUAUAGACUGGCUUUUCAGCAUAGCCGAAGGUCCAAAGGAAGGGUUAUCGGGGACGUCCCUCAUCACUGCCAGAGCUGCCCUGCUGUCCCUGAGGUACUCCCCAGAGUUCAAGAAGAAGGGUGUAUGGACCAGAGCCUACGGCUGGUAGCCCAGGAAGCCUGUCAUUAGCCACAAACCUGCUCCCCGGCCUUUAACUCCUACAUGUGCCUCUGCCUACAGCCCGCUGGCUUCACCACUGCAAUGCAUUAUGGGAGUGGUUAGAGGAAUAGAGCUGUUCAUGGGCUGGGACAGUACAGAGGCCAGGCAAGGAGGGAGGUGCAAUGUAGCUUCAUACUAUUAGAUGCAACAGGUUUAAAAACAUAAUCCUGGGCUUUUCUUUA